AUGGACCGAAUCGCUUCGGUGCUGCUGGAGUUCCCACCGGUGGGCGCCCAGCUCGAGGGCGCGCAGUACAACCAGGCCGCCGUCCAACACGCCAAAAAUGUUGAAAAGCUGUUGUCAUCGCAAGAGCUGCAUAACUAUGCUCACCAGCUGAUUGAUCAUGUUCACCCGACCGACCACACUAUUUCAUACCUGGGCCUGCUGGUCGCCGCCCAUGACGCUGGGAGACUCACUCCGGAGGACCUUUUGACCAAGAUUACUACGUUCGCCUGCACGUUUGACAGCAGGCAGAUACGGUAUUUUGGGAAGCAUUUCUCGGCGGUGCUGGGCUGGAUCAGUAGCGGGACGCUGUUUCCUGCUUCCGUCGCCGUCGAGCUGCUCACCACAGCCCUCCUGCGCCUCGACCCUUCCGGCUCGAUGUUCACCUCCCACCACCUAGCCCUCGUCAAACUCGCCUACACAACCGAUAACAUCGACGCGGCCCUCCCUAUCCUCGAAAAGGACAUCGUCUUCUACCCCAGCGGCAAAAAAUUUGCCGACUCGCGACCCCCCUGCGAUCCGGACGUGCCCCCCGUAGGCUACAUCACCGUUGAAUCCGGGCUCACUCAAAAAGUGAGCAGCAGCGACGUCAUGCAAUACGACCUCCUCCGUGGCCUGGCGUUUAUCCAGCGCCGCGCCUGGCGUGCCGCCUUUGAGGCCCUCGAGCGCGUCGUUACCUACCCCGUCAAAGACUCCCACGCAUGUAGCAAGAUCAUGGUUGAGGCGCAUAACAAGUGGAUUCUGGUUGGACUCCUGCUCAACGGACAUGCUCCCGCCCUUCCGCCGACGACAUCCCCUGGCCCGGCCAAAGCAUACACCACCUUGUCCAAGCCCUAUCUCGCGCUGGCGCGCGCAUUCGAGGAAAGAACGCCGGAUAAUUUGAGGGCUGAGUUCGAUGCCGUCCCCGCGAAUGUCUGGACGGAGGAGAAUAACCUGAGUUUGGUCCGUCUGGUCAUUAGGCACUACCAGCGGUGGCAAAUCCUGAAUAUGCGGCAUGUGUAUACGAAGAUUCCGCUCUCACAGAUCAGAGCGCGUACACAGAGCGCUGAGACGGGGGCGCCGCUGGCGACGGAUGCUGAGGUGGAGGAUUUGGUGGGGCAGAUGAUUCAAGAAGGAAUGUUGAGGGGGGUUGUGGAGCAUCCUGAUAAUGGUGAACCCUAUCUUCGUUUCUUAGACGAGGCUGAGGGGAGCAGCAGCAGGAGUAGCGCCGGUGCCGAGUCUGGGGAGAAGGAUGGCGAGGGGACGAUGACCGAAGCGGAGUUUGCCGCGCGCAUGGCGGAGGCUGCGCAGCGGAUUAAGGGGCUGGAGCCGCUGGUUAGGGCGGCAAAUGAGAGGCUGGGGAAGACGAAGGAGUAUAUCCGGUUUUUGGUCAAGGAGCAGAAGGAGAAGGAGCGGGCAGAGAGGGGGGCCGCCGCGGGGCAGGAGUAUGUGGAUAGUUUUAUGGCGCAGGUAGAGGAUGAGGAUUUGAUGAUGGGGGUUGCGUCGAAGUAUUGA